GCCUUGCAAUAAUUCUCUAGAUUAUUGUCUGCAAGAAGCAAGAUAAUAAUAAAAUGGUUGCUCUAUUUGCUUUACCAAAUGAAUUGGUCCUUUCUUCAUUAGCAUCUCAAUUUUCAUGCAGAGAACAGCAGAUUCGCUCUCUAACCACUUUACUUUCUAUCCAAGCUGCUCCAAGCAGAAACAUUGUACUUCAUGGGCUUGAAGCAACAGGCAAAUCCACAAUAACGAAAGCUGUCCUUGAAGCAUUAUCAACCCAUUCCCCAGCAAACAACAGCGCUCCCGAAGAGCAAUUCAACAAUGAAUUACGUUAUGCCAUAAUUACAAGCGCAGAAUGUAUAUCUGGAAGGCAUCUGCUGGAACAAACUAUAGGAGCUGUCGCGAAUGCGGUAGAAUGGAAGGAGAAUAUACCGAGAUGUGAGAAUCUCGCACAAUUAGUGGUAGAGGUAGGAAAAUUGCUCGAAGGUUGGACCGCGACAAAUGAGGCACAAGCUGCAAAACAAAGAUUCGUUCUUGUUUUUGAUGGCAUUGAUCGACAGAGAGAAGCUCCUCCUACUAUGCUGCCAGCAUUGACCCGAAUGGGUGAGAUCAUUCCUAAUCUUACUACAAUUUUCAUCACUACAAUUCCUCGACCUAGCUUCUUCCACCUCCCUGGAAUUCCUCAUAUUCAAUUCCCGUCAUACACUAAAUCAGAGCUUGUGACGAUUCUCUCGCGAACUUGCAAACCCUCCCCUAGACUCCCCGGCGGUUCCAAAGAAACGUUGUCCAUUUGGGAACGAUUCCUUCCCACAACUUACGACUCCCUGUCUAAAUACUCAGGACGUGACCUUGUUUCGUUCCGCGAGAUCUGCCUUCAAUUAUGGCCUACCUUUAUCCAACCAAUACUUAAUGGGACAUACACGUCAAACGAAUUCUCUCGCCUUCUCAUCGCGAAUCGUGCGCUUCUCCAGAAUGACACACUUCUCACACCAUCUGUCCUUGCUCCUAUUACGUCUAUUUUCGUUGCAAAAAACGCAACUUCUAGCACAAGCACCGCUCAGCUUCAAGCCCAAAACAACAUCACAACUCAUCUCCCGUAUCACACUCGUCUUCUUCUCAUCGCCUCCUAUCUUGCUUCUCACAACCCCCCUCGCACAGAUCAGCAUCAUUUCCUCCAGCAAACUGCAACUAAGCGUAAAAAGCGCGGUGGUGGUACUGCUCUCACCGCUUCCACCUCUCGGCCCGGCGUCUCUAAAUCAAGCAAGAUUCCUCGCAAACUACUUGGGCCCCAGGCAUUUCUGCUGGAAAGGAUGAUCGCUAUCUACCAUGUAUUACUCGAAGAUGCCGAUGGUCGAGGACGCUAUUCAGUUACAAAUGGAAAUUCAAAGAGGAAAACGAGAGGGCUAGGCGCUGGAGAAGCGGACAUACAAAUGGCUGUUGCGACACUAGCUAGCUUGCGCUUGAUCGCUAAAAUGGGGAGUGCGAAUGCGGCAGAUACUUUAGAUGGAGGAAGUAGAUGGAGAGUGGCAGUGGGAUGGGAGGUGGUCAGGGGGGUUGCCAGGAGUGUAGGAGUUGAACCCGAGGACUAUCUGGCGGAAUAAAUGCCGACUUGGAUCUUGAGAAAACAAGUCAAGCAAAAGAGCGCAAUCAUACGCAUUUGAGAAAGUCCUACGAAACCCUCAAUAUGUAGUGAACGGAGACGAUAAUUCAUACUGGACCUCGAAGGAAGUGGGUAUGGCACUAAUUUCAAUCACCAGCUUGGAUAACCUCGUCAAAGAGAGCGGCCUCUCGUGCACAUUCACCUACAUAUCUUGGGCUAAGGUGAUAUCUCUGCCAUCGCCGCCUGCCUCAUGGAGACCCCUAAGAUGGGAACUUCUCUGCAAGAUUUCGCGUCUACUAAUUGUUGAGAGAUAUCUGGCAACUUGGGGGAGAGCAGAGGGUUACGAUCAGCAUGAGCCUAUAUGGGAAUUCAAGACUUAUGGACAGAUGACCAUAGCUACAGCAGCCCAAGAUGGGACCUCAAACUAGGGAUCUAAUAAGCCGGAUGUAACACAUCAAGCAAAGAGACUUCGAAUCAUGAAGAAGCUUGGUGUUUUACAUAGAGUAGAUAUUUGAGAGAGAUAGUAGACUGUGUCCAUACAAUACGCAAUAUAAUAUAAUAUCAU